CCUUCAUACUGUUCACGAGUCAACAGUCCGCUUCCGGCGUCUGCACUCGCAGCUGAUCUCGCAUAACGCAGAUCUACUCCAUGACUUCGAAAUUGCAUUCCGGCUUUUGACAAGCGCAUUUUGUCAGCUCGUCAGCGUAUGGAGCAUUCGACACUUGGAUGUCAACCAGCAGAGGUCACUUAGCCUCGGCGAUUUCCCACCAGCAAGGCCUCUCCGCUCACCGAAAGAGCAUCGCUCUUCUUGCCGCGGUGGGGCGGGUCAAACUCGGCCACGGAAGCCGCAUCAGCCCGGUCCCUCGCGAGCCUCCCCGGUGGAUGAUUUGCAGCAAAAAGAGGGAUGAAUAACCUCGGUGGGGAAGCGUCAAGCUUGGAUGUUUCCGCACCAGAAGUUUUGUUGCCACAAUGAACGGCGCUGUGCAGAGUGACGCCAAGAGACAGAACCUCUUGGAAAGGUUACUAGAUGCUGUCAAACAGUGCCAAAUCCGCUUUGGGGGCAGAAAGGAGAUCGCAACGGACUCGGACAGCAGGGUAAUCUGUCUUUGCGCCCAAUUUGAGGCGGUGCUGCAGCACGGCUUGAGAAAGAGCCGAGGUCUCGCCCUCACCACCGCCGCCCUCAAGCAGGCUGCGGGUUUCAGCAGCAAGGUUGAAACAGAGUUCACAUUCUGGUUUUACGUGAAGGAGCAUCUCAACCGGCAUGAGCUGCAACGCUUCUACUCCCUCCGUCACAUCUCGUCGGAGCUGGGCCGGGGUCGGGCCUGGAUGCGCUGUGCUCUUAAUGAGCAUUCGUUAGAGCGCUACCUGCACACGCUGCUCGCUGACCGACCACGCCUCGGCAUUUAUUAUGAAGACUGGGCUUUCAUGCUUGAUGAAGAGAGAGCCAGUAUGCUGUCCACCAUGGCUGCAGGUUUGAACUCCAUCUUCUUCGCCAUCAACAUAGACAACAGCGACCUGAACGGGGGUCCGACGAGGGGCGGCGCGUCCACCAUCACGCACCUCCUCAAGGAGUCCACGCAGGGCAUCGGCAGCCUGUGGAAGGAGUCCACGCAGGGGGUCAGCAGCCUGCUUCGAGAGAUCAGCACCACCACCGUUGUGGUGCCGGGGUUCUGCCCGAGGGUGGAUGGAGCCUCGGACCCACUGCCUGUCCUGCCGCGUAGCACCUCUGCUGAUUCCGGCCUAAGAAAGGAGCGGCGGAGAAAAAAGAAAAUCACCAACAUCAUUUCCUUCGACGACGAUCUGGACGGAGGUGCUGAAGACGAGGAAGAGGGCGAGGACGACUUCCCCAAGACUGGUGGAAUGAGCAAGAGGCAGACCGAUCCCGUUCCAAGUAGCGUGGAGGAUGGGAUUGACCUCAUGGAGCCAUUUUUCCAUCCGUCACCUUCUCACAACGGGCUGGACGGCACCGCGACACCGACAUGGGUUGGGUCACCCCAUCACUCUCGUACAACCCCCAUGCCGAGGCCUCCUUUGACAGACCGAAAGAGCAUCGACAACGAGGAGGAGGAGGAAGAGGAGGAGGAGGAGGAGGAAGAGGAAGAGGAAGAGGAGGAAAAAUACAAAUGCAGAGCACAAAUCCAGGACGACGAGAGAAGGAAUGACCAGAUGGCGGUGGGAAGUCUGUCCAGUGUAUCCACAUGGAGCCCUGUGCAGGUAUUGAUGGAGCACAGCAGCUCAGACAUCCUCAUCCCCCUCAACGCCGCCACCCCGCAGCCAGUCAACUCCGUGGAGGACUCGCCGGCCUUUCCUGCUCAGUCUGAGUCAUCGGGGCCAGCGGGAGACUGCGAUAGCCUUAGAUCGCGGUCACAUCUGAAUAUGGAGUCCAGUCCGCUGGUGCUUUCUGCUUCGUUCAGCGGCACACCGCCAACAUCUGCUUUGCCAGAGUCCAUGACAGUCGCGGAGCUGCGACAGGCCAUUGUGGCCAUGAUGAACAGGAAGGAUGAGCUGGAGGAACAAAACGGGUCUCUCCGUAGUCUGCUGGACGGGGAAAUGGAGCAUUCAGCGGGUCUGAGGCAGGAAAUUGAACUGCUGAAGAUAAAGUUGGCUGAGCUGGAAGAGAGACACAUGGCUAAAGUCCAAGCAUUAGCCAGGGAGAAUGAGGUCCUGAAGGUCCAGUUGAAGAAGUAUGUGGGGGCGGUGCAGAUGCUGAAGAGAGAGGGGAGCCAGGGCAAUGACGCACUGUCAGUAUUACCGUUGAGUGAAGAGCACGCCCCCGCCCCUCAGAGUAAAUGCAUGGGUGACAUGGAGGAGUUGGCAGCCAGCUACGAACGCAAACUUAUCGAGGUGGCCGAGAUGCAUGGAGAGUUGAUCGAGUUUAAUGAGCGCCUAUAUCGCACCCUCAUGGCCAAGGACCACCUCAUCGGGCAGAUGAGACAGGAACUUAUUGAGCUGAGAGGACCCGUCCCAGGGGAUUUGAGUCAAACGUCAGACGAUCCCAGCCUCUCCGAUUUUGAAACGACCCAUCGCGCUCUCAUCAACGUGUGGAUCCCUUCUGUGUUCCUGCAGGGCAGAGCUGCAAACGCCUACCACGUCUAUCAGGUUUACAUCCGCAUCCUGGACAAUGAGUGGAAUGUGUACAGGCGCUACACGGAGUUUCGGGAGCUGCACAACUGCCUGAGGUCGCGGUUCCCACAGGUGGACACGUUCAACUUCCCGCCAAAGAAAGCCAUCGGGAACAAGGAUGCCAAGUUUGUGGAGGAGAGGCGGAAGCACCUGCAGUGUUACCUUCGUAUGGUCAUGAACAAAGUCAUCCAGACAUUGCCGGACUUCACGGCCUGUCCCACCAAGGAGACCCUGCUGUCUCUGCUGCCUUUCUGUCUGGAUGCGCCCCAGACCAGCGACGGCGGCCCUAAGACUCCCCGCUCCAAAACUUCAUCCCGCUUCCCAAGACUGGGCCGCGGCCAGCACCAGGAAGCCAGACCGGAACCCCAAAGUGGCGACCUUUAACACACCAAGACCGUUGAUUUGUCUUUGACGUUUUCAUGAUGUUCAGGUCAGCAGCCCACCCGUGUCCAACCACUGCCGUGAAGACUUUGAGGGCAUCCGACAUGACUUUAUGGCCAACUGUCAGCCAAAGCGAUGACAGUGUAUUGAAAUAUAGGAGAUGCCAAGAGGCUGGACCAAAUCACACCAUACCUCUUACCUCACUAAGAAACAAACUGAACUACCACUCUGAGAUGCUGGCUUUCUUACUAUGCUCCUUUCUGUAGUAAAAGUGUGUGUAGUCA